AUGGGUUCAAUAAAGAAAUUUUUUGGUAAUCCUGGUGAUCGACCUGGUAUUCGUUUUCAAGCAACUAUCCCGGAACAAUUAAUUCCAACUAAUGUUGAAAUUAUUGAUGAUGAUGAAAAAAAUAUUAAUAAUAACAAUAAUAAGACAAAUAAAGAUGAUACUAAUAUUGUUCAUGAUUCGUCAAUAACUAAAAACGAAGAUACUGAAAGUACAAUAUGUUCUUUAUCAGAUGGUUCAACAACUUUUGAAUUAAGUAAUUUUAAAAUUCAAUCAAAUAAAACUUUUGAUAUUAAUAAAAGUUUUACAGGUUUACACAAAGGUUAUAUGGAUUUAAUUCUUGAUAAAUUAGUCUUUUUUGCUGGUUCGAUUACUGCAUUCUUUUGUGUCUGGGUUAUUUUAAUUAUUUGGGUUGUUGUUGGUGCAGUUUAUAAUGCUCCAUUUAAUUGGCAAGUUGUUAUGCAAGAUGGACAAUCUAUUCAAUGUUAUAUAUGGGAUACAUUACUAAUGAGACAACAAUUAUGUAGUAGUCAUGAACAAAUUUUAGUUUGUUGUAAUUUAAAAUCAAAAUUGGAUACUUUUAAAAGACUUGUUAAAGAAAUUCAUGAAAAAAAAUUAUUACGUAACAAUGAUAAUGAAUCCACAACAAAAGCAACAAUGAUGAUGAUAGAUACAGAUAUUGCAUCUUCAACUGAUCCAAUAAAGGAGACUGGUAAAAAUUUGGAUUCAGAUUGUCCUUGUCAAGAUGAUGAAGUAUUUGAUCCUUCAACAUUAGGACAAUUACCUAUUGAAAAUUGGUAUGAUAGAAUAUCAAAUUAUUCUUCUACUAUCAUUGGAUCUUUAAUUACAAUGGGUCUCUUUUGGAUAUGUAUUGCUGUAUGGAUUGGUUGUGGUGCUAUACCUCAGGCAGGUGAUACUACAGCACCAUUCACUGGUGAUUAUUCAGGUUCAAACCCAAAAUAUAAAAAAUUUAGUAAUGCUUGGCAAAUGGAUAUUAAUACUGCUGUGGCUGUUUCAUUAUUAAUAUGUACAACUUUUUUACAAAAUAUUAGAGCUAGACAUGAUAAAUUUAUUGCUGGUAUCUUACUUGAAAUUUUUGAAAAAGAUGAGCAUAUUGAUAUAAUGUUAAGAAGAAAAUUAAAUGAUUAUACUCCUCAUAAAGUUAUUGUUAUCCCAGAAGCUAAGAGAACUUGGUUACAAAAGACAAUCGAUUGGUAUGCUGAUGUCAUUGGUACAGGUAUUGGUGUGAUCGUUGCAAUCAUUGUCUUUGGUGUUUGGAUCGGGAUUGGUACUCCAAUGAAUUGGGGUGAUGAUUGGUGGUUAAUCAUUGGUACCUAUACAGGUUUAGUUGGCUUCAUCGAUGGUUAUGUCCUAAGAGAAGUUUAUGAUAGAUCCGUCGCUGCUGAAGAGGUUAAUUAUAAUGAAGUCAUUGCUGAGGAUUUGGAAUUGAUGCAAAUCUUAGGGAUUCCAAAUCCUCGUGAUAUGAUCGAUUCAUUAGAAGAACAAAAUAGUAGAGUUACAAAGACUUUAAAAUAUAGAAUAUCUGCAUUUGUCAAUAAAUUAUGUUCAGAUCAAUAUAGUGUUGUCUGUGGUGUUUUAAUUGUCGUUGCAUUGAUCUGUAUUUCAUCUGGUAUGAAAUGGAGUACUACUGGUCAAUUGAUUGCUAAUACGCCUACUAUGAUCAUUGAAGAGUUCUUUUUAAUCGUUUUGAUUCAAGCUCAUAAUUGGGCUGAUGUUCAACGUAGAUUAGAAAUUUCAACUGUAUUAGCACACAGACAUCUUAUCGAAUAUCAUAUUACGAAGAUGUUGGCAUAA